CCGACGCUUACGUGACGCAGCCGCGGGGACAUAGCGUGAGUGGUGGGUGUCCGCAAAGACACGUUCAGCACGAUGACGCAGUUCAUGACAAUGAGCGUGGCAACCACCAUGACGAAAAUGAGGUACCUGAAGAGUGCGGAGUGCGUGAUGUCACAUCACAGCUCCCCCACUUCCCCUGGCCCACAGAGGGCGCCGCUCGUUCUCUGACCUCACAGACGCACCCCACCCAAAAGGUGGAGAUAGGCUCCUAGCUGCACCUCCUCUGCGGGGCCAGACGCGCCUCCUGGUCCCCCUCCUCCUCCUACCGCCGGUGGCAGCCAUGAAGUGGACCCCCAGCUCCCUGGAAACGCUAUGGGUCUACUACUUCCACAGCUCCACGGAGGUGAGGCUAUGCCAAUGGCCCCGCCCAAAGCCCUUUCAGCCCUUGCUUCUGUCUUCUCUGGAACUCGCUGUUGGUGCAGCCCAUGAAUAUCUGAAGCAAAGUUUCAGUGAGCUGAAGUCUCUGGAGCCGCGGGAGCCAAAAGCCGCCCGCCCGAAGCCCACCCUGGGGCUGGUGCUAAGUGAAGCUGCGGCCAGUGUGAGCUUCGGCGCAACCUUGUUAGAGAUCUUAGUCCUGUGGCUGCAGCAGGAGGUGCAGUGACUAGAUGGCGGCGACGGCAGCUCGGGCCCAGCCCCAGAAGCUGGGGAUCCGGGUGGAGCGCUGGCCCGGGCAGCCCUGGCCGCGGGGCAGGGGGCUCGGCAAGCCGGGGCUGCGGCGGGCAAGAGCGCCCGGCUUUUCCUCCACGGGCCGUGGCUGUGCAUGUGUGGACGCGGGUUGCAGGGAUCCGCCUCACUCCUGCAACAAUGGCGACGCCAACUGGGCCUCUCAACCUCCGGGGAACCGUUGAGUUCGGGAUGUGGGAGGUGAGUUUGGAGGCUAGAGGCGGCGGGGCUGGGAGUUACUGAGCUGGCCCACCCCCAACAGAGAUAUUCAGGAGACCUCAAGGUGGUGUCCAGCAGCAGUACGGAGGACGGGGGGCCAGAGAAUCCACCACCGUCCCAGACACAACCAGCAUUCAAAUAAAGUCCAAUACGGGAAAGACAGCCAAA